CAUCCAGCGCGCCUCUAUAUAAACCCGGCCUGCGGGUUCAGUGUCCCAGUGCACACUCGCUUCGUUCAGCAUCUGCCGGUGCUCUUCUCUUUCGUUCUCUUCCAGUUAUUGGUAGUCUUUUUCGAUCUGAAAAACAUACAGGAGGAGAUCAGGAGAGCGAGAGGUACCUAGCAAGAUGAGCGGCAAGGUUCUCCUUGUCGCCGUCCUCUUGGUGGGCGUAGCCGCCUCUCGGUGCUCAGGCAGUAGGGGCCUGCAGGGCGGCGAUCACGUUGCUGAACAGAAGUACGGUGGCGGUGGGUACGGAGGAGGUGGCAGCGGCGGCGGGUAUGGUGGCGGCGGUGGCGGUGGUGGGUAUGGCGGGUACGGAGGUGGCGGCGGUGGCAGCGGGUACGGAGGCGGCGGCGGUGGCUACACGCCCGCCUACUCUGGCACCGGGACCUGCGACUACUGGAAGAGCCACCCGGACGCGAUCAUCUCGUGCAUCGGGUCGCUGGGCAGCAUCCUGGGGUCCCUGGGCGACGUGUGCAGCGCCUUCUUCGGGAGCAAGGUGCAGACGCUGCAGGACGCGCUGUGCAACACCCGCAGCGACUGCUACGGCGACCUCCUCCGCGAGGGCGCCGCCGCCUACCUCAACUCCGUCGCCGCCAAGAAGCAGCAGUUCGCCUACAGCACGCAGCAGGUCAAGGACUGCAUCGCCGUCGGCCUCACAUCCAAGGCCGCCGCCGUCGCGCAGGCCGCCAUGUUCAAGAAGGCCAACUACGCCUGCCACUACUAGCAGACCGGCCGGGCCGGCCUCUUAUCAUGCAUGCAUCACCGUUUAACGUACGUAGUGUUUCUUAUAAAUAAUUAAGUCUGCUGUAUAUGCAUGGUGUGGAGGUCCAGACGAGUAUGUCCUCAGCGGUGCCUUCGUUUCUGCGUCGUCGUCUUCCCAAGAUGAUGCACUCCGUGAUGCCAUGCCGUCGUCUCGUUGUCUGGCUCAGUAGUGAUAUGCUUGCUUUCUUGUCGUUGUUGCUGAUGUAAUAAGAGAUGAUGCGUUCAUUGCUAAUUACUAUACUUUGCUAGUGAAAUACUGAAAUGGUCGUUGGACGGUCUUACUAAAUGCACGGGCAAUCUCGCGCUUGUUUCUGUCAGCGCUACUGGUUGGGUGUUGAGAUUUAAUCAUGUACUACAUGGCUACAAACUAGUACGUAUAUAUCUACGUAUGCAUUUUCCUUU